AUGCCGAUAGUUAUCAUCAGUGAUGAUGAUAGUGAUGUGGAUCUUCCUGUGAUCAUAGAAGAUAGUGCGUCCGAUGAAGACCAGCUGGCCUCAAUUAAAAGGGAGAUGAUGCAAUUUACUAUCUCUCCCCGUAAUUCAUCUGAUACUCCUAGCCAACCACUAAGUGGAAAUCCCAGCCAGCCACUAAGUGGAAAUCCCAGCCAGCCACUAAAUGAUCCUGAGGCUAAACUAGAGAUUCCAGGUGAAAAGAUGCCAACUGAUGGAGAGGUUCUACCUGCGGUGGACCAACCAAAGAAAAGGAAGUGUAAAACCAAACAUUUGUGUGUGCCACCUGGUAAGCUUGUCAACCCAAGUACCCCCAUCCCCUUUUCCUUUUGCAGGAAUCUUAAUUGCAACAUACCUGGUUGUUUUUUGCGUGACAUUGAAAAGCUGAAGGAGUAUACUGGAAGGAACUUCAAGAGAAAUAAAGAUGAACUGGUCAGGAGACUGUAUGUCCUGUUCAACGAGACUGUCUUUGAUAAAAAGCUGCCAGAGAAACUGGAAAUCUGCUGGAAUAAGAAGAUGCUGAGAACCGCUGGCCUGUGCAGCUCUACCCACUCGUCUAAAACGGCAAAGCGCCAAACUAAGAUUGAUAUUUCUCUGAAAGUCUGUGACUCUGCAGACCGAAUCCGGGAUACUUUGGCCCAUGAGCUCUGCCACGCAGCCUCCUGGCUGCUGAAUGGCAUCCGUACUUCGCACGGUUACACAUGGAAAUACUAUGCCAGGAAGUGCAACUUGGCCCACCCAGAGCUGCCCUUGGUCACCCGUUUCCAUAACUACAAGAUUAACUAUAAGAUCUACUAUGAGUGCACUCGGUGCAAAGCCAGGAUUGGCCGCUACUCCAGAUCACUGGACACCGAGCGCUCUGUGUGUACCUCAUGCAAGGGCCGUCUGGUCCUGCUGCCAUUAUAUCGCAAAGAUGGAACCCCCAUCAAGCCGCAUGUUAGACCCUUUGCCAAGUAUGUGAAACAGCAUUACAGAAUCGUCAGGAAGAGAAUGAGAAAUGCAACCCAUGGGGAUGUGAUGAGAAAGCUCAGCAAGGGUUAUUUCAUCUGCAAAAAAAAUAACACCCUUUAAGUUUAUGAGAGGGUAUCUGUGUGAGCCGAGUCCUCUGCUUAUGAAGAAGUUUUAGGAAAAUGUCUUUGUUUUUAUGAUGCUAUGAUUGUUAGAAUUUAAAUCUUUUUUAUAAAGUUUCAUAUUGUUAAUGAUUGUUCUUUAACCAAGUGUUCCUUCAAUUCAGCACUUUGUGCCCUUGAUUGUACGUGGAGGUCCUUUGGACCCACCUUGUGUUUUACACUCCAUAGUUGUGAUAUGUGGAACAUAGUUGUGAUAUUUACACUCUGUAGUUGUAAUGUGUGGAACAAACUUAGACCCUGUAGUUAAGAUGUGUGGAACAAACUUAGACCCUGUAGUUAACAUGUGUGGAACAUACUUAGACUCUGUAGUUAAGAUGUGUAGAACAUACUUAGACUCUAGUUAACAUGUGUGAAACAAACUUAGACCCUGUAGUUAAGAUGUGUGGAACAAACUUAGACCCUGUAGUUAACAUGUGUGGAACAUACUUAGACUCUGUAGUUAAGACAUGUAGAACAUACUUAGACUCUGUAGUUAAUGUGUGGAACAAACUUAGACCCUAUAGUUAAGAUGUGUGGAACAAACUUAGACCCUGUAGUUAACAUGUGUGGAAUAUACUUAGACUCUGUAGUUAAGACAUGUAGAAAUACUUAGACUCUUUAGUUAAGAUGUGUGCAACAUAUUUACGCUCUGUAGUUGUGAAGUGUAGAACAAAAUGCAAAAGCAAAUUAGAUUUUUGAGAUUGACUGCUUGAAAGAAGGAGAGUAACUCUGGAAAAUGAACAUGUUUAAAGGUAGUGUUUCAAAACGAGGGCUCCUGGCAGAUGUAACCUGUUAUACUUUGUUAGAAAUAAAAUUCAUAUUUCAUGAAAUUACUUUUGCCAUCUGAACCAAUGUAAUUGUUCAUGAAAUACAAAAAAAGAAUAAAGCAUUUUCUGCAAUUCACUAGUUAGCAAAGUGUGUUCAUUGACAACCUGUGCCAGCAGCAGAACAAGCUGUCGGGUCUCCUGUCCAGGACCCUGGACAGCUGAAGCUCUUCUGCAUGUGUCGGGAAGAGCAUUCUGUGUUUUGGGUUUUUCUCUGAUUCUUGUAACUUCUCACAAGGUUUUCAGAAGCCUCCCCACC